GGGAUCAGCUGAUGGGAACUGAGUCACCUCUCCUUCCCGGACUAAAACCACGAGAGGAGGAGAACGGAUCCGAACCGGGUUUUAUUCUGUGGUCCUCGGACAGUAAGGGACUCUGGUUCACCUGAGGAGGAUCCGGAUUCAGGUAGGGACUCUAGUUCACCUGAAGAGGAUCCGGAUUCAGAGUCACAUGUUCCUGCUCCUGAUUUACAGGAGGACUUCUUUCAGACUCAGACUCUCCUCUCCUCCUGAACUCAUGGCAGCUGUUUGAGAUCUCCUCCUCUUCCUCCUCUUCCUCCUCUUCCUCCUCUUCCUCCUCCUCUUCAGUGACAUUAGUGAGGAGGUGAAGAGAAACCAAAGAUGUCUGUCCUCUUGUCUCCUGGGAGGGAAGCGGCCGCUCUGCAGGCCAACCCGGCCGCCGUCCCGGCGCUGGAGAUCAAACUGGGAGCUCUGGUGGUGCUGCUGUCCGUCACGCUGCUGUUCGGAUUCACGCCGCUCUGCAUCGUCAGGGGGGCGGGGCGCUGCAGCGUGGACUCCGAUCUGCGGCGCAGGCUCCUCAGUCUGAUCAGCUGCUUUGCUGGAGGAGUUUUCUUGGCCACCUGCCUGCUGGACCUGCUGCCAGACUACCUGCAGAGCAUCAACCAGGCCUUCACCAACGCAGGGAUCACGCUCCAGUUCCCUCUGCCUGAGUUCAUCAUGGCGAUGGGUUUCUUCCUGGUCCUGGUCCUGGAGCAGAUCAUCCUGGCCUUCAAAGACCAGUCGUCCCCGCUCACAGAGGAGCGUCGGGCUCUCCUGGUGGACUCCACCGUCCAGGCGAACGGGCGGCGCCGUGGAUCAGACGAGUCUGACAGCAGCCACAGCAGCCACUUCCACGUGGACUUCAACUCCCAGUCCGCCCUGCGAGCCUUCAUCCUGGUCUUCUCUCUGUCCCUGCACUCUGUGUUUGAGGGUUUGGCGGUGGGCCUGGUGGAGGAGGGGAAGGAGGUCCUGGAGAUCUGCCUGGCUCUGAUGAUCCAUAAGAGCAUCAUCUCCUUCAGCCUGUCCUUCAAGCUGUCUCAGAGCCGGCUGCGGCGCUCCGUCGUGGUCGGCUGCCUGCUGCUGUUCGCCGUCAUGUCCCCGCUGGGCAUCGCCGUGGGGAUCGGGCUCACAGAGACCCAGACGUCCCCCCAGCAUCAGCUGGCCCGCUGCACGCUGGAGGGGCUGGCAGGGGGGACCUUCCUCUACAUCACCUUCAUGGAGAUCCUGCCGCACGAGCUCAGCUCUCCCAGGAACCGCAUCCUCAAGGUGGCCAUGCUGCUGGUGGGCUUCGCCGUGGUCACUGCGGUGCUCUUCAUCAAACUGUAACACGUCUCAUAGUGGACCAGAGAGUCCUGAACAAAGCCUCAGACCUGAGGUGAGUCAGGAUCAGGAGCUUAGGUCCUUUAAAGUCUUUAUCAUGUUGGAGAGAUGUAUUUAUAGAACAGGACUUUCUCUGACGCGGUGUGAUGUAGAGUCCUGAUGGAGACCGUUCAAAGAAAUACUUUUAAAGAACCAGACCGCAUCCUGGUCCUGAUGGAGACCGUUCAAAGAAAUACUUUUAAAGAACCAGACCGCAUCCUGGUCCUGAUGGAGACCGUUCAAAGAAAUACUUUUAAAGAACCAGACCGCAUCCUGGUCCUGAUGGAGACCAUUCAAAGAAAUACUUUUAGAGAACCAGACCGCAUCCUGGUCCUGAUUAAGACCAGGCUGUAUCUCUCUCUCGACCUCACUACGUUUUUAAAAACGUGUCUGUUUGUGAAAGAAAUGUUCUGCUGAUGAUCUCCUGAAGUCUCCAGGAAGUCUGAAUCUGUGAGUUCACCUCCAGAGCCCGAGACCACAAGUAGUACUCUACAGACCUGAAUGAAAACCAUCUCAAGGAAGCCUCUCGGGAUCUCUCAUGGCCAUUAGGGGGCGCCAUACUUUAGGGUGUGUUAUAAGUAAACAUUCGUGACCUUAAAAAGCAUUUCACAGAAAACUAAAAACAUUUAAUGAAACCAAAAAAGAUAUUAAAGAACCAAAUGAGAUUAAUGAAUAUUUUAUGAGUCCAAAAACAUAAAAAUAUGUUAUGGAGCUAAAAAACAUACAUCACAAAAUUAAAGGGAAAAAAACAUUUUACAAAAUAUAAAAAAUAUUUCAAAGCCGUAAAAAAAUCUAACAUUUCUUAAAAGUAAAAAUAUGUCGAGUUAUUUAAACGUAACCUUUCUGUCGCUGAAAUGUUUUUUGCAGGUUGUGAAAUUUUUUAUUGUGAUUCAAAAUAUUUUAUUUUACUUUGAAAAAAAAAAAUUUCUACAAAAUUCUUAAUUUAAUUUUGUGAAAUUAGCUUUUUGCCCUGUACAUUUUUUUAAAGUAAUUUUAUGCUUUGUGAAAUAUUUUUGCAUUUAUUAAUUUUUUUGGGAAUUAUUUUUUUUGUGUUCACAAAAAAUUGCAUUUAAUAUUUUUACACAUUUGCUAAUGUUUUUUCACUGAAUAUUUCUGUUUGUUGAAACGUUCCUGCGUUACGUGAAAUGUUUUUAAGGUCAUGAAGUGUUUGUGCAUUGGAGCCUCAGGGCCACCGUACUUCUGUGUGUUUGUUUUUAUCUCAUGUUGCUCUUGCCUUUCGUGCCUCGUCUUUAAAUCAGUUAUUUUCAGGUUCAUAAUCACGUUGAGACUGAUUCUGUGUUUACGUGUCCCACAGUUUAUAUCUUUUAUAAAUGAGAGGAGCAGAGUCUGCACAUCUGAGAUCUGAGAGGUUGAUUUUUAUGUGUUUGUUUGUUGAUUUUUUACAUGAUCCGCCGUGUCACCCGACCAGAACACUAAACCAUCAUUCAGGGACCAAUCAUCGGGUUUGCUCUUUACACGUACCCGCCAAAACCAUCACAUGCUGUCACUGUGCUUUUAUUUUGAAAAACCCAGCCCUGUACUCCUCGUCCAGCAAAUUUCUGCACCAAAGAAAAAAACCAAAGUUGUAUUUCUCAGUCGUUUUAAUUCCCGCUGACACAAACAGAGAGUGUGUGAUUUAAUUUUCUUCUUCUGCAGAAAAACAGGAAACACUUUCUCCUCCUCUCGCUUCAGAAGAAAAGAAGUCUUUUAUCGUGACGCUGCAGAGAAACGCCGCUCUGCACAAACACAAAGAGACGCCUGUUCACUGAGAGGAAUUUACUACACUGACUGUCAGAGCAGAGAGACCACUGAACUCCUCACCAACACUCAUCUGUUCUUUAAUAUUUUAAAAGAGCAGAAAUGUUAAAAUCACCACAAUCAGACAUUCUCAUUUAAAACACUACGAGGUUUUUAACUCUCCUGUAAAAUGUUUUAUAUCCUGAUGAUUCCAAACAUAAAAUACUUUUCAGAUCA